AAUGAUGAGAUAAAUUUUAAAAAAAGGCACAAAAAACUCAAAUUCAAACGCCUGACUGUCUUCCAACUUCAGAAACGAAUCGUGAUUUCACCAGGUUGCAAGCUUUUCGAGACAUCAUGGCUUCGGCUCCAGCCCAACAACCCACACUGACCGCUGAACAAACCAGAGUGGUGCUGAGUGAAGUGAUCCAGGCCUUUUCAGUGCCAGAGAACGCUGUGCGAAUGGAGGAGGCUCGGGAGAGCGCCUGUAACGACAUGGGGAAGAUGCUGCAGCUCGUGCUUCCUGUGGCCACUCAGAUUCAACAGGAAGUAAUCAAGGCGUAUGGAUUUAACAAUGAAGGAGAAGGCGUCCUUAAAUUUGCCAGACUGGUGAAGAUGUAUGAAACCCAGGACCCAGAAAUAGCAGCCAUGUCUGCAAAGCUGAAGGCUCUCCUCCUGCCGCCGUUGUCAACACCACCUAUAGGAGGCGCCAUUCCAGCUUCAUAGGAUUUAUUUUUGACCAGGUCAAAUGCAAGAGUGCUUUCUUUCCAUGCUUUGCUUCUCUGUAUUAUCAUGUAUUUAAGAUCCUGUUUUUGAUUUUAGGUCUAAGUUUUAUACCACUAAUGUUUCUUAAAAAAAAAAUGGUUAUAUUGAAAGCAUUCUUGCAAAUCCUUGAUUUAUUUUUUGCAUUGUAUUUAUUUGUUACAUAUAACACUACAACCACUUUAUUCCACUGAAACAUUUACUUUAAUGCCAUCCUUUUUUUAUAUAAUGUCAUUUGUUUUUCUGUUAAAAAAUAAAUGUUUUCUCUGUA